AUGAUAGACGACCCCUCGGCGCCGCUGCUGGGCAGGGCGCCUACGAACUCCAGAGACACUUCUCCGCAUCCCAGCAAACAACACCGUGAAUUUGGAUCAUCAUCCUUUAUCCUAAGCUCUGAAUCCGCCCCUCUUCUUCGCCAUGACGAUUCACGCAGUAUAUCUUAUGGCACGGAAGACCAAAGGAGACCAUCGACAUCGACAUCACGGAGUGCGGUCGAUUCCGAAGAUCCCCCCAGACGACGCCGCCGCCCCUCUUGGCCUAUAAAUAUUGCGGUCUCAUCUCUGAUCGCCGCCGUUCUUUUGACUCUGGUGUUCGGUUUUGCUGCCCCGUCUGCAGUCAAACAAUACGCACAAGAAGCUGCUGUCUUCACGCCUCAAAAGAUCUCGAUUGAUUCAGCCACAUCCGAAGGCGUGUCUGUGAGGAUACAGGGUGAAUUUCUACUAGAUGGCUCGCGAGUCAGUGGAGCCCUCAUUCGUAGCACGGGUCGAUUUGCAACAUGGAUUGCAAGAGAGGUUGAAACUAGCGACGCUCAAGUCGACGUCUAUCUACCAGAGUACGAUAAUGUUCUUCUUAGUCGUGCUUCUUUGCCCGCCGUGAAAGUCAAUAUUCGAGAGGGACACUCAAAUUACAUUAAUAUAUUAGCCGACCUGCAAUCAGGCGAUGUAGAUGGCAUUCGGCAAGUUGCGGAUAAGUGGAUGGGUGGACGACUUACCCAGCUCCGCGUACAAGGUACUGCGAAUGUUGAUAUCAAAUCUGGAAUUUUGAAAUUCGGCAGCCAGAUCAUUACCGCGGAUAAGGUGCUUGAUGGCCAAGAUAUUCCUCAUCUACCGUCUAUCAGUGUAACCAAGCUUAAUGUGCAUGAGAAUCCAUGGAAGCCGCAGGAUCCUGGCAUUGCUGUAGAAGUUGCAGUCAACAUUUCAAAUGACUACGCUCUAUCUCUGGUCAUACCACCUCUGGGUUUUGAUAUCUUCGUCCCGAACUGCAUCCCGACUGAUCCAUACAUCCUGGUUGCUGACAUGACCACAAACGAAGUCAACGUACAGCCUGCAGAGCCCGCCUAUGUUGACGUCAGUGGUAUUGUUCGGCAUCUACCGUCGGAACUAACAGAAGCCUGUCCGGGAAAGAAGGAUUCUCCUCUCGAUUUGAUCAUUUCGGGGUAUCUCAAAGGCCAGAAGACCAUCAUCUACGUUCGCGGCGCGGAUGCACCUUCUUCAUCGACUCCUGCAUGGAUGGUAGAUCUGCUAAAGAGCGUUACUAUCCCGGUACCUGUGACCGGCCAUGAUUUUGGCCAGUUGAUCAAAAAUUUUUCCAUGUCAGAUGUUCAUUUCUCUCUACCAGACCCAUUUGCCGAGCCCGGUUCUCCUGAUGCACAGCCAAAAGUGUCUGCUAUGGUAAAAGUCAUGGUUGAUUUGCCAGAGGAAAUGAAUUUUGACGUGGAUAUCCCCCGGGUGCGGGCAAAUGUCGAUGUCUACUAUCAAGGUGAUAAGUUCGGUGUUCUCGACUUAAGCGAGUGGCAGCCUUCCAAUGCGACCCGUAUCAAUGAUACGGACGGUAGUCGUCCAUUAUUACUGGUUACCUUUGAAAUUAAAGACGGACCGCUACAAGUUACCGACAACGAUGUAUUUUCUGAAGUCGUACAGUCAAUAUUAUUUGGAAGCGAACCAGUCAAUCUGGAUUUACAGGUACUCGUGGACGGAGAAUUAGCAACAACGCUAGGCCAGUUCACCGUACAUGAUAUACCCGCGCAGGGGAGCAUUGAUGUCAAACCCCCAUUCGGAAGCUCCAUUGGAGGCCUGAUUAAACCGAAAAUUGAAACGCUAGAAAUACUGCAUACGACACAUUCGACCGUCUCAUUGAAAGCCACGGUCAACUUUACCAAUCCUAUUCCAUAUUCUGCCACCAUACCUUAUAUUGAUUGCUUGUUGCUCUUUAAUGGAACCGCCCUCGCCCAUGUGACGGGUCGAUCAUUGUCUGUUGUCUCGGGGGACAACGAAGGUGUCUCUAUUGAGGCUUUGUGGAGUCCCUUUGCUUCUAGUGGUGACACUGGGGUUAUCAGGGGCCGCGAGCUUCUUUCGAGCUACGUGUCAGGCUGGAAUACUACAGUAACUCUGCAAGCUCACGAGGGCUCUAUUCCAACAUUGCCUGAUAUCGGAAGGGCACUAUCUAAUAUACAAUUUGACAUCAUGGUUCCGCACUUGGGAGCUCCUGAUGAUGAUGAUGAUGACGACAACGAUAAAAAUGGCAAGCCAUAUUUCAUCAAGGACGCAACGUUGCAUAUCUGGUCAUCCACAGCUGUUUUCACUCUCAUUUCCCCCUUGAGCCACUCGACACUAUACAUCAACAGCAUAGACGCCACAGCAUUAUACAACCACACCGAACCUAUCGGUAGAAUAGACUAUACCAAUUUUCCAUUCGCAGUCCCACCAGGCAUCUCACAAACACCCAAAUUACCGGUUACUCCUGAACUGGGUGGAGUCGGUUAUGAUGCCGUACGAAAAGCUUUGGGAGGCACGCUACUCAUGGACGCCAAAGCCGAGGUUGGCAUUACAUUGGGCGAGUAUUCGACAACGAUAUUUUAUCAGGGGAAAGGAAUUGGUGCCAAGAUUCGGAUUUAG